UGGGGAUUCGAACCCGGGUCUUCGGCGUGACGAGCCAACGCUUUAACCACUAGACUACCCCACCGCCCCACACGAAGGACGUCAAGUUGGCUGAAGGAAAGGAAUACUGGUUUUAGUCAGAGUUACAAAUCAUGCUAAGCUCACAAGUGAACGGGAAAUAAAGGUACAAGUGGCUAAAUUCUUAAAUGUGCUCACCUGUCAUUAAUUUGUGUAUAUAACAUGACUCAUGCCACAGAGUUGAACUGACAAUUUCGCCACUUGUGUUUGAGUACAACCUAACCCUCAGCAAAAACAACUCUCAGUUGUAAAAAAGGGCUUAUUAUUGUGCUUUUGAGAAAAGGAAUCAUAACUAGACAGACCAGUUAUAUUAAGAAUGUAGGAACCUUCAUUGGUAAAGUCUUUAAUCCCGAGGCAAGUCUGUUAAAUGUGUUUAUAUUCAGUGUUACGGAUUAGCAUUUAAACUAACAUGAGUAUUAAUAGCAUCGUGAUGAGGGACAGUGUUUGCUCAUUAAUAGCAUGUGUUACAUGUAAGUUUGGCUCAAACGUUAUCUAUUUCAAGCUUUAACGUUAAAAUCCAAAAUAUCAAACAUUUCACAAACAUCAACCAUAAAGGGAGUGGUCCCUCAAUCUAUACUCGUCCAUUUGUAUUAAGCCGUCGUGCACAUCCCUAAACCAUGUUGUCACAUUCAACACAAUUGUCUCAACGAUAACCCUAUGAGCCACAGAGUGACUGCAAUGUAGGUAUUAUUGAGUGACAUGAUUCACUGACGGAAAAAGGCACCACAGAGAUAGAAACUACUUUGUUCAAACCAAACUGAUAUUUUUCUGGUUCUGAUCUUUGUACUUAAAAAACUCUAUGAAGUGGGUGUUGGCCACUGUUUGCAAAAAGGUUAAACACAUUUGGCAAACAUAUCGGUGUAGUACUGAGGUAAUAUGUAUGUUUACGUUUGGGUUUGUUCGCUUUUGUAUUGUUUGGAAUAAAUGCGAUUUUGCCAUUUGACCAUUCACACAGAAUGCACCCUGGCUCUGUAAACAUAUGCUUCAAUGGAAAUGAUAGGUUAAUGAAACUCAGCAUUCACUGUGUGUUUAGAUCCAAGUGUUUGGGAGUCCCCCUCAUUCAGGCGUUGUCCGCGAUGGUCAGUCUGGACAACCGGAAGUCGACUACCAGGACAACCUACUGCUCCACGCCCACUGGGAAGGAUUCUAUGAUAGAGAAGAUGCAAUUGCCUUUUAUCAGUACACGUUCGGACCAAGAUGUGUACAGGGACACGAGUUUGACCUCAACAAAACCCAAAACAUGGAAUCAACACGCACUACUAAAGCCACAUGGACAGCGCCGUCUUGUGGAAUUUUUUACAUAACUGUGGUUGCUUAUGAUGAGGCUCAGCAGAGAAGCGAUGUUGUUUGUUCAGAUGAUGUGGAGACGUGCAAACCAUCUCCUGUCCAAAGUAGUUCAUUGAUCGGACGAAAUCUUGUACUGGUGGUGUCGGCUACAGCGUCCGCUGUCGUUGCAGUUGCAGGCAUUGUCGUUGGAGUUGUUGUCUGGAGGAGGAAACGAAGAGGCCAACCAAAGUUCUCUGACCAAACUGUGUACUACAACACAGGGCCAUCUGAAAACGCUAAGCCUAAAAAGACAAAACCUGAAGACACGAUGUAUGACAAGCUUGAUGUCAACGCACGCGAUGGAGGAGCUGGUCAAGAACCAUACUGUUCUAUACAAACUUGUCGGUCGGACAAAACAAACAUAUAUGAAGCUGUUGAAAAUCAGAUGUACCUGAACAUUGGCGAACGACCGCGCGUUACCUUGAACAGUAAAUCAAGUGACAUAUACGAAAAAAUCUGAAUAUCACAUUACAUUAGUCGCACAUAACUCAUAUGCGUAAACAUUUUUAAGAAAUAUAGAAAUCUUUUAUAAAAAAACUAAACCGCCCAUGCCUGUCAUAGACGAGUGACGAGUUCAGGUAGUCUGACUUACUGAUUGAUUGAUUGACUUUAGUUUUACGCCGCUUAUAGCAAUAUUCCAACGAUACCACUACAGGGGACACCAGAAAUGGACUUCACACAUUGUAACCAUGUGGAGAUUCGAACUCGGAUCUUCGACGUAACGAGCAAACGCUUUAAUCACUAGGCUACCUCACCGUCCCUCAGGCUUACUGACCUUGUUGAUGCGUGUCAUCGAAUCCAUAUUCGGAUGAUCGAUACUCAGUUACUCUGUUACCGUUAUGUAGUUGGUGUGUAAUAUUGGUGGGUGCUGCGUUAAGCAUGAAACAUGAAACAUACAUUAAACAAAACAAAACACAGAUGUUGAUAAAACGUCGUAACCUAACGACGUGAAUCUCUGUUCAUUAGGUCAUUCACUUGUUUAUCUGGUGCAGAAUUUCAAAUUGUCCGAAGUGAUAUAUUUUCAUGCAGUUGGAAUAUGGGUUUACAACAAGCUAA